CGCGAGGACCUCUUCUUCGUCUUCUCCUCCUCUCUCAGUCAUGUUGGACACGCUCACCUUCCUCCUGGAGAAACUCUUCCUCCUCGCGCACUUCAGGGUCUCGAGCCUGCUGCCGCCCCCCCGCAAGGAGCGCGCGGGCCGGAGUGAGGAGCCCCUACCCACGCGGCUGCUGCAGCGCGGGGACCUUCUGGAGGUCCCGCGCACGCUCUUCACGCACUUCGGCAUCUACCUGGGCGAAGGCCGCGUGGCGCACCUGAUCCCGGACGUUCUGCCGCUGCUGGGCGCGCACCCCAAGCGCUUGCACGAAAUGGUGACCAACACGCGCCUGGUGCUCGGGGUCCUCUCCAAGCACGCGACGGUGCGCGUGGACUCCGUGGAGGACUUCGCUUACGGAGCCGCGAUGCUGCUGAACGCGAUGGACCGCGCGGUGGGCCGGUGCGCGCUGCCCCAGGAGGAGGUGGCAGCGCGCGCGGAGAAGCUUGUGGGCCCCGUGUCCUACAGCCUGCUGUGGAACAACUGCGAGCACUUCGUCACGUACACGCGCUACGGGACCGCGCAGAGCCUGCAGACAGACAAGUUCUGCGAGUGGCUGAAGUCUCUGAUCCGGGAUCAGAGGAACAUUUUGCUGUCUGCGCUCCUCGGACUCCUCUCCAUGGCCUGUUUCGGGAUUUCCUUCUUCACCGCUCCUCCAACGCUCCUCGUGCCCUUCACCCUGUGGAUGGUCAGCUAGAGGAUGUUAAAAACAUAUAUACAUAUAAAUAUCAUUAUGAUGAAUGAAUAUGGAGGAGGGAGUCGUCUGCAAAGAGACCCACUUGUCGUACCGUUCACAAUAAGUGCUGCUCUGACAGGAAGUCUUUCUUUUUAGCUCAAAUCAACCGUAGAAGAAGAAGGAGGUGGUUAGCGUUAGCAACAUUAGCAUUACAACUCUGUUGUUUAAAAUCACUAAAGGCUCCGACGUUAUCCCAAAAAGACCAAAGAUUGUUCAAUAAUUUCAGUUUUUCUGAAGCUCUAUAUCCGGCGGGAAACCACAGCGUGAGAGCGAACAGUCAUUUGUUUUUAUAUUUAAUAUAUUUGUGUACUUUGAUACGUACCGUCAGAAGGAUCCGGUCCCGAUUGUUGGUUUUCCAGUUUCCAGAUUUUGUUUUUAUUUUUCUGAAAUAUUUUCAUAUUUUC